AAUUAAAAAUGUUGUUGGUCAAAAAAUAAAUUUAAAAAAAGAAGAAACAAGAUCUUCUAAAAUAUCUGGUCAAUUAAGGUCUUCACAAAAAGUGUUCAGAAAUAUACCAAACUCUAAACGUGAACUUAAGUUUGUUAGAAACAACAAUAACAUGUACAAUAUACUAACUAGUUCUGUUAAAACGGAUGAUAAAAUUUUUAAUGCAUCAACUUUUAAUAAUACAACUUCUGGUGCAUCUAAUAAUUUAGGAUUGGUUGAGCAUAAAAAAAUUAUGUUCAGAGAUCGUAGGUGUAGCUCAUUUACUCUUGACAACAAAGACACCUGCAAUGAAAAGUAUGUUCUUAAGACAUCAAAGUUUGAAUCAAUUUUGGAUAUACGAAGGAAAUACAGAAAAUUUGGAACAGAUAUGGUUUCCAAUUUUAAAAUUUAUGACAAUAAAAGGUAUUGCUCUCAACCAAACUUGUCAUAUGUAAAGAAUUCAUUGAGCAAUUUUAACUUUGAUUCAAUAAUGGCUGAAGUUAUUCAACAAGUAGAAGAAAGGAAAAUCAUCAAAAAUAAUUUCAAAAAGUUUUUAUAUGUAUAUAAAAAAAAUAAAAAUAUUACAAGUGCUGAAACUAAUUUAAGAUCAAAAUCAUUACAAGAUUGUUGCAUGAGUUAUGGAAAAAGAAAAUGCUAUAGCGAAAGUGGUAUUACAAAGGAAACAUUUGAACUUUUCAGAAAUAAACAGUCAUCAGUGGAAAGCAUUUCUAUUGGGUCAUCCUUAUCAGAGAAAAGUAUUUCUGUUGAAUCAUGUUCAUCAGAAGAAAAUACUUUUGUUGGGCGUCUUAAGAAAUCUAAUAGCAAAUUGUCUAAGAAAAUUCUUAACAAUAUUGAAGCUCUUUCGUUAAAGAUCAACACACUUGGUGAUUCUAAUGGAUUGACUGGAUUUUUACUUUGUCGUCGGGGAGCUCUUUAUAGAAAAAUUGGCUAUUUAAGUGAUUCUUACGAGGAUUUAAAUAGGGCUGAGAAACUCGAACCUAGGCUAUUGGAUAUUUAUUGGCAAAGACAUUUGUUGUUUCUUGUUCAAGGAGAUGCCGAGAAAGCACUAAAUGAUCUUUACCAAGUUACAUUAUGCAAUAAAAAUCAUACAUAUGCGCACUGGUCAAGAGCUUUAAUUUAUAAAGACCAAGGCAAAAUACUUCAAGCUAUUUCCAGUUUAAACCAAGCAAUUUUAAGUAACUCGUUUAUUGCAAAUUUAUACAGUGAAAGAGCAGAGCUUCAUGAACAGAACAAUGAUUUGAUUAUGGCAUUAGAUGAUUAUAAGAAAGCACACAACUUGCUACCCAAUGAUUUUUCUGCUAUGUUAAAAGUAGCAGUGUGUCACUUCAAUUUAAGAUUAUGGGUGACUGCUUUAAGUUACUUCACAGAGCUUCUCAAUCUUAAUCCAAAAUAUUACCAGGCAUACUUUUAUAGAGCUAGAGUCAAUAUAAAAUUGAACCAUUUUGAAAAUGCUUUGUCUGAUUUAUCAAUUUGCUUACAUCUAUCACCAAAUCAUUAUGAAGCAUUUUACUAUAGAGGAUUUAUUCUUCAAAAAAAUUCAAGAAAACAAGCUAUCAAAGACCUAAGUGUUUCUUUAUUGAUUAAUUCAAAUAAAGAAAAUAUAAAUGCAUUUAUUCAAAGAGGAAUAGUUUAUACAAUAUUAAAAAAAUUUCAGCAAGCGUUAGUUGAUUUAAAAUGUGCUCUGGUAUUAAACAGUGAAUAUCCACUUGUUCAUUUUAAUCUUGGCUUGAUAGAUAUUAAUUAUAAUAAUAACGCACCUUUAGCAUUGAAGAGAUUCAGUUUUGCAUUGUUACAAGAUCCAACUUACAUACAAGCAUUGAUUUGUCGUGCAGAAACAUUCAUUCUUUUAAAUAAUAUUGAUGCAGCCAUCAUAGAUUACACACGAGCUAUUCAUUUAAAUCCUUUAAGCAAAUCUUUUAAAAUUGCAAGGGGUUAUCUUUUGCUUAAAAAACAACAAUAUGAUCAAGCCAUUUUUCAUAUAAAGCAAUGUGCAAUGAUAAAUUUUGUUGAUAAAACAACUUAUGAACAAGUAGUUAUGGAAAUAUUUUUCAAAAAUUUUGAUGCGGCAAAUAAUCAAUUGGAAACUAAUCUUGCAAAUAAUCAUGAUGUUAAGUUGCUUUCUUUGUUGGGUAAAAGUAAAAUGAGGGAGAAAGAGUUUUUACAAGCACUGGAAACUUUUAAAAGUGUUUUAUUUAAACUCACUGAGUCAAAUUUAAACUGCUCUAAGGAAUCAUCUUUAAUACAUUUGAACAUAGCUCUUUGUCAUAUCCAAUUGAAUGACUAUAAAAAAGCAUUAAUUUCUUUAAACAAUGCUUUAAAAGCUGAUAACAAAUUUUUUAAGGUUCACUAUUUGCUAGGUAUAGUUAAAAUGAAACUGCGUUUUAAUUCACCAAUUGUCGAUUUUAAUCAUUGUCUUGCUCUUAACUCUUUAUUUUACCAAGCUUAUUUUGGUUAUGCUCUUCACUAUGGUUCAAAUAAACAAUAUACUAAAGCUAUCUUGAGUUGUAAUAAAGCUUUACUAAUAGAGGCUCAGAGUAUUGCAGUUCUUAUUUACAGAGGAUGUUUAAAGUUGCAUAUUAAAGCAUACAGUUUAGCAAUAAAAGAUUUAUCAGAAGCUAUAAAACUAAAUUCCUCCUGCUAUUUAGCUUUUUACAAUAGAGCAGUGUGCUUCCAUGCUAAAAAGUUUUAUUUUGCGGCAUUAAAAGAUUACAGUAUUGUUGUUUUGUCGAAUUGUGAAUACAGUCAAAAGGCUUUUCUUAAUCGUGGAGUUGUUUACUUUGAAAUUAAUGAUUUUCAAAAUGCUCUUCUUGAUUUUGUUGCACUUUUAGAACACACUCCAAAAGAUCCAAUAGUUCUCUACAACAUUGGUUUAUGCUAUCAUAGACUUGGUGAUCAUAAAGAAUCAAAAAGAUUUUAUACCAGAGCCCUGGAAGUUGAUUCUUUAUAUUGGCUUUCUUUGAUUGGUCGUGCAAAUGUUUUAAUGGAAUGUAAUAAUACAGAAGCUUAUAAAUCAGCACAAAAUGAUUAUAGUCGUGCAUUAUUUAUUAACCCAAACUGUUUACAAGCGAGAUUAAACCUAGCAAGAUGUCUUCAAGUAAAAAAUAAGCAUAUGAAGGCCUGGUACCUAUUUUCAAGAGCUUUGGAAAUUGAUCCAAACUGUAUUUGUGCGUUGGAAGGGCGAGCAUUAGUGAGUUUACAAUUAAACAAUAGAUUUGAAGCUCUUUGUGAUCUUAAUAAUGCUAUUAAGCUGAAGAAAAGUCCUGAGUUGCUAACAAAUCGAGGGGUUGUAAAUAUGGUGUCAAGAGAUAAUGUUAAUGCAAUGUAUGAUUAUAAAAUGGCAAUUCAAUUAAAUCAAUCAUUUGAAACUGCUUACUUUAAUGCUGCAAACAUAUGUUUCCUUAAUCAUCAGUUCUCUCAGGCUUUGUUGUACUAUGAUAAUGUCAUUAAAUGCAAUCAAAAAGAUGAAGUAGCUUUUAUAAGUCGAGGAGUUUGUAAGAUUGUUCUUAAUCGAAAUGAAGAAGCAUUGCAUGAUAUUAAUCAAGCAAUUUCUAUAAAUCCCUACCUGUCCUAUGCUUACUACAAUCGUGGUAUGUUUUUUGAGUUGAUAGGGAAACUUAAAGAAUCGGAAAGCGAUUACAGCAAAGCUUUGGAACUUCAGCCUGGUGAUGCAUUGAUUUACAAAAGACGUAGUGUUGUUAGAGGAAAGCUCGGUGAAAGUGUAUCAUCAGUUAAGGAUUUUCAUGAAGCUCUUAUCCUGCAAACGUCAAAGAAAUAAAUAUUUUCUUAUUAUGUACUUUGUUUUUGUGUUUUUUUAAUUUAUUUAGUCCUGUUUAUUAGUUUUUGUGUUUUUAUCUCGUUUUUAAAAAUUUAUUUCCAAUUUAUUUUUAA